AGUGGGUUUUAUGGCUGAGUUGGGAAUCAAACCUUGGCCUCCAGAGUUGUAGUCCAACACUGAAACCACUAUGCCAUGUUGUUCCUCUUGAACACUUAUAACAAGUUAUUGCUGUAAGAUAUUUUAUUGGUGAAAAAGGAUGCAGCAGAUGGUAUACAGCAGAGAAGCAUUCCAGUCCUUUCACUGAUGCAUCUCCUCACAGCCAGUGGUUGAUCCAAGCCCCCAAACAACAAAUUCUACCCAGAUGGCCAUUCAUUUCCCUCAGCUGGCUAUAGGCCUCUGAAUGAGGCUGAUGGAAGAUGGGAUCCUGAGAGUAAUAAGGUGCAGAAGCAAAGAAAAGGUGUGCAAGUGCAAUCCAUCUUUCCUCCCCUCCCCAUAGAGAGCUGUGUAGACUGCUUGGUAGCAGAGGGAUAUUCACCCAACCCCUGUCUAUUCUCAAUCUCUUUUCAGAGCCUCAAAUUGCCAAGCAAAUGAGAAAAUUACCAAACAAGAAAUUCCGUACUUUUCAGGGCUUGGAAACUGAAUUCCAGUAGCAGAUGCUAAUGAGAUGUAGCCCCUAUAUGUUGACAAUGAUGGAUGACAUUUAUAUCCUACAUUCCUUCUGUGAACUGAAUGCGGCUUAUAUAAAUUUCCUCUUCCAAGGUUAUCUAGCCACCUUGAGUCCCUUUACUGGGAGGAAGGCAGGAGAUAUCAUCAUCAUCAUCAUCAUCAUCAUCAUCAUCAUCUUCAGAAUACCCCUGUAAGUUGAGCACUUCAGUGAGUCCUGCUUCUCUCAGACACUCAUUUUGUGAGAUGCUGUUGUAGUGAAGUGUCGUGAUGUGAUUCUUGAAAUGUCCAUUUUGGCUUCUCAGAAAAAGAUCCAGCCAGGUGGAGCAGCUCCAAUGAGCACCUCAGAGGGUCCUGUGAGCUUUCUGGAAGGGAGCAGCUUGGCUGAAGAGUUUCUCCGCAUUGAGCGAGAGCAGAUGGUCCGCCUGGGGGAUCUCACCUUCCCAGACUCUGUACGAUAUGUUUACAAGCCUCUGGAUUAUGCCUGGGAGCCCCACCAGAAUUAUGUGCGUCAGUAUUGCCAGUCUCCCAAGGAGGUGCUCUUUCUUGGCAUGAACCCAGGGCCUUUUGGCAUGGCUCAGACUGGGGUGCCAUUUGGAGCAGUGCAGCUUGUCCGAGACUGGCUCCAGGUCCGUGGGGAAGUUUCUAGGCCAGAAUGUGAGCACCCAAAGAGACCCAUCCGGGGCCUGGAGUGCCCCCAGACAGAGGUGAGUGGUGCCCGCUUCUGGGGUUUCUUCCGUUCCCUGUGCAUCAGUCCUGCCACCUUCUUCAGCCGCUGCUUUGUUCACAAUCACUGCCCAUUGCUCUUUGUCAGUGAGAGUGGGCGUAACCUGACUCCUGCAGAUCUGCCAGCAGCCCAACGGGAACAACUCUUGCAGGUUUGUGAUGAUGCUCUUUGUGAAGUUGUGAAGCUUCUGGGCAUCGUAAUGGUCAUCGGCGUGGGACGCUUUGCGGAGCAGCGAGCGCGCAAGGCUCUGUCAGCCUCAGGUAUCUCUGUGCGGGUAGAGGGGGUGAUGCACCCAUCACCUCGCAACCCUCAAGCUAAUAAGGGCUGGGAUGCUAUCAUGAGAGCAAAACUGGAAGAACUUGGAGUGAUGCCUCUCAUCACAGGCUGAUCUGCUGAGGGGACUACGAGGCAGAAAAGAAAAGAACCCUGUGCUAUAUCUUCCUUGUCCUUGGGUGUCAUCGCUUCUAGAUAUGCCAGUAGCAGAGAAGGCUUGGGUUAAGGAAGUACAAGCAGAGCUGGGCAAAGUUAUGUUUUUGAACUGCCACUGACUCAAGGAUUCUGGGGACUAGUCCAAAGAAAGAAUUCUUUCAAGGCUUUGCAUACAGUCUAUUCUACUGUUGACACUACUUCUGCAUACACUACUCUUGUUCCAGUCUUGACACUGACUCAGAAUCCACUUCUUCAGAUUCUUCUGGAACCUAGCGGUUGGAUAUUUCCUGGGAAUUGGGCUCCAGGUCUGUCUCUAUGUGUUUUGGUGCUUUAAACCUCAUUCAGGGCCAUAUAGGGCAGCUCAUUCUGCCUACUGCUGAAUUCUCUGUGAUCAAGGCAUAGUUGUCCUGAAAGGCUGACGUUUCAACGUAUUUGCCAACCCUUUUUCUUUUGGGGGCAGCUUUAUGCUGUCAGACCCAGUGGUUCAUGUGGACUAACGUUGUCUGUCAGUAGCUCACUCUGGCCCUCCAAAAAUUCUUGUGUGCAGGAGCUUGUACAUGAAGACCUUGUGCUUUGUCCCUGAGUUGUGUUCCUCACUGAAUUCAGUUAUAUCAAGAGGGGAGUGGUAAUGGGGAAAUUCAAGAUUCUGUUGCUGCACUGUGGAAAUUGGUUUCCUGAGGCUAUUUCUCAUGUUGCUUCAAGUAAUGUGGCUGAUGCCAAAGCAUUGCAAUAGAACAAGGGUCCUAGGAUAUGUGUCUGCUUGCCAGAUUCUUCCUGGGAUGAACUGGGGGUGAGCUGUCUUGAGUCUACACCUUCUGGUAAGUUCCUGCUCACCUCUUUAAUGUGGGCAGUCCACAUCCUUUGACAAAAAAAUAUUUUAUCAAGGUGUGUGGCAGUAGCACCACCACAUAAAGUGGGAAGGGAGAAUAGGAGGAGGUAUUCCUCUCCAUCCUUUCUCUGUGAGUCUUUCAUCAGAGGAAAGAGAUCAGAUUGCUGUUGCUGCAGCUCUUGCUGGCCAUUAACUAGGGCCAUUGUUACACUGCAGAAAUAAAGCAGUUUGACACCACUUUAACUGCCAUGACUCAGUGCUAUGGAAUUCUGGGACUCAUAGUUUUUUUGAGAUAUUUAGGCUUCCCUGUCAGAGAGCUCUGCUGCCUCACUAAACUACAGAUCCCAGAAUUCCAUAGCAUUGAGCCAUGGGAAUUAACAUGGUAUCAUACCGUUUUUGUUUUUGCUAUGUGGCAGCAGCCUAUGAAAGGACAAUGAUUCUUGUUAAAUCAUUUGAAGCAACACUGCAGACCCAUGUCAGUUCUUUUUCAGCUAGGUGCUUGACUUCCCCUGAAGUCCAGUGGUUCUCAGUUUUGAUCAUCUACAUGUGUUGGACUUCAACUCCGAAGAGCCUUAGCAUUAACCAGGAAUGCUGGGAAAUACAGUUCCAAACAUUUGGAGAACUAAGGUUUGAGGAUCGCUGCCACAGUUGAUUGAGAGAUAGAGUAUUAAAUAAUGGCUAUAUCUAGGAUUCCUGCCUAUAUCCUGGGGGUCGGGGGAAAGCUGGUAUAAAUGUAUUUUCUACUCAAGUACUGGGACAAUUAUGUACCAAAUGUUGGAUCUCAUUAUAGAGACCACUGUGCAUCCCUGACAAGGCCACUUGAGUCUACCACUGAGUCCCAAUGCUUGCAAGAUGAGGACAUUGAAAAUAUGAGUGGCAUUAAGCUAUGCAGACUUUUGCAUGUGUUGAGGAGUUCACCCCUUCUCUCUAAAGUCUCUUUCCCACACAGACAGGGUCUUCAAGCAACAACUGGGAACCUUUGAUCCUCCAGAUGUUUUGGACUUUAACUCCCAGAAGCCCCAGCCAGCAAGGCCAAGGCAAGGGAAUUAUCUUCAAACCUGGCUAUGUUGGUUCGGGCUUCCUUACUCCUGAUUUAAAGCCUUUGUAUUUUAUUUGUUCCUUGGAAAACACAGGUGGGAGAGACUGUUGCUUUGCCAGAUACUUAGGAGUGCUGCUCCUAACUAGAAUGGAGAAGACUGAUCAGAUCAGUGGUCUUGCCUAGAAUAAAACUUAAUCUGAUGAAAAAUGUAGCUACUGUACAGCUGGUAAUUUGAUUGAGGCUACUGUAAUCUAUUUUUUUAUUGGGCAUUGAUUUUGGCUCUCUCACUUCACUGUGCCCACUUAAAUUGUGAAAAGGAAAUGCAAGACUUUAAAAGUUGGGGCCUUUUCAAACAGUUUUUAUCAAAAGCUAUCACACAUUUUCUGUUUGGAUGUUCUACAGAGCUGGAGCAAUUUUCUUACAUUUUUGGCUCAAUGUUGUAUCUGGUGUGUCUCUGUGACAGAGAAUAUUGGUGUGUUACUGUGACAAGAGAAUUUACUGCAUUGCUACCUCCCACCCUCCAUGAUGGAAAAAAGAAAAAAGAUAAAUACAACCAUUUUCAACAGUGAA